AGCAUGGCGAAGGGAGGUCGAUUUAUGGAGAUGAGAGGAAGUGGUACAUUAAAUUGUUUGAUUAAUGGAGGAAAAGUAUAGAAAUCAAGGACGAUCGAGAUAGGGAGGGAGGGUGGCGCACCGGGGAGAUGGGGAGGACGCCGUCGUCGGGCGGCGGAAACAACCGGAAGUCUAGGCACAGGCGGAUCGCCGACAUCCUUGCCGAGGAUGAGGAGUCCAGCGAUGAGUCCGUCGUCCAGGGGUGUGGAGGCGACCGUUACAGUGGCGGCGGGGGAAUGCUGCCGGUUUUCCUCAACGACCAGAGCGAUCUGGUGGAGGUGAUGCUGGAGCUCGACGAGGAGUCGAUGGUGGUGCGGAGCGUCACCCCGACAUCGGCCGCCGCCAUGGAGACCCCGUUUGCGGCACGGGAGUCGUCUGGGAGCUUGAGCCAGUGCUCGUCGACGGCGUCGCGGAUACGGCGCAAGUUUUCCUGGUUGCUGUCGCCCACGCCGCGUCGGACCCUGGCCGAGAUGCUGGCGGCGGAGGAGGCGGCGUCGGCGGCUGGGUCGAGUCCUCUCCCGCCGCCCGCAGCGGCCAUUUCGUCUCGCGAAUCGCGGCGGAUCCGGGCGCGGCUGGAGCGGACGCGAUCCGGAGCCCAGAGGGCGCUGAAGGGGCUACGAUUCAUCAGCCGAACGACUGUGGGGGCCGCGGCGGGGGAUGCUGGAGAGCUCUGGCGACGGGUUGAGGCCCGGUUCGCUGCUCUCGCCGAGGAUGGCUUACUUUCCCGGGAGGACUUCGGCGAAUGCAUUGGAAUGGUGGAUUCGAAGGAGUUCGCUGUGGGCAUCUUCGACGCCUUGGCGAGGCGGCGGAGACAGAACUUGGAGCGGGUCACCAAAGAAGAACUCCACGAUUUCUGGCUCCAAAUCUCAGAUCAAAGCUUCGACGCUCGCCUCCAAAUAUUCUUCGACAUGGCCGAUACCAAUGUGGAUGGGAGGAUAACAAGACAGGAGGUCCAAGAGUUGAUAAUUCUGAGCGCUUCAGCUAACAAGCUCGCGAAGCUCCAAGAGCAGGCAGAGGAGUACGCGGCGCUCAUUAUGGAAGAACUGGAUCCUGAAAACCUUGGCUACAUCGAGCUAUGGCAGCUGGAGGCUCUGCUGCUACAACGGGACACCUACAUGAACUACAGCCGGCCUCUGAGCUCUGCGAGUGCCGCUGCGUGGAGCCAAAACAUCACUGCCGGAGGUGCAAGUGGGCCGAAACAGCAGCAUCAGCGGCAGCGGCGUCCCCGGUUCAGCAUUCGCCGGGCUGCGGAUAGGCUACAGAUGGCGGCGAGGGAGAACUGGCAGCGGGCGUGGGUGGUGGCGGUGUGGAUGAUCACCAUGGCAGCCCUGUUCGCCUGGAAGUUUGCUCAAUACCGGCACCGGUCGGCGUUCAGGGUGAUGGGCUACUGCCUCCCCGUCGCCAAGGGUGCCGCCGAGACGCUCAAGCUCAACAUGGCUCUCGUCCUGUUCCCUGUCUGCCGGAACACCCUCACCUGGCUCCGCUCAACCCGCGCUCGUCUCUUCGUCCCCUUCGACGACAACAUCACCUUCCACAAGAUGAUUGCGACCGCCAUUGUGAUCGGGAUUCUGCUACACGCGGGGAAUCACUUGGCGUGCGACUUCCCACGGCUGACUAACGCGUCGCCGGCACACUACCAAUUGGUGGAAAGGUACUUUGGACGGGUCAGGCCGACGUACGGGAGCUUGGUGGUGGGGGUGGAGGGGUUGACGGGGAUUGCAAUGGUGGUGCUGAUGUCCGUCUCCUUCACUCUUGCGACGCAUCGCUUCCGGAAGAACGGCGUUCGCCUCCCCUUCCCUCUCAAUCGCCUCACCGGCUUCAACGCCUUUUGGUACUCACACCACCUCCUCGCCCUCGUCUACCUUCUCCUCCUCCUCCACGGCUACUUCGUUUACCUCAUCCACAGGUGGUACCAGCGAACGACAUGGAUGUACAUCUGUGUUCCAUUGCUGCUCUAUGUGGGGGAGCGAAAUCUAAGAGCUUUCCGGUCCCAAGCUUACUCCGUCAAGAUCUUAAAGGUCUCAUUACUACCUGGUAACGUGUUAACGGUGACAAUGUCCAAACCACAUGGAUUUCGUUAUCGAAGUGGACAAUACAUAUUUCUGCAGUGCCCUGCCAUCUCCCCAUUUGAAUGGCAUCCAUUCUCUAUUACAUCGGCCCCUGGUGAUGACUACCUCAGCGUUCACAUUCGAACCAGUGGAGACUGGACCCAGGAGCUCAAACGCAUAUUUGUGGAGAAGUACUUCACGCCACACUUGGUAGGAAAAGCUACGUUUGAUGGGUUAGGUUUGCUGGGACAGAAAAGCUUGCCACGAUUGUUUGUCGAUGGACCUUAUGGUGCCCCAGCACAAGAUUUCAGAAAUUACGAUGUUCUACUUUUGGUUGGACUUGGCAUAGGAGCCACACCUUUUAUCAGCAUUCUCAGGGACCUACUCAACAACAUAAAGUUAGCUGAUGAACUAAUGGAUCUGGCAAUGGAAACUAGCAGGUCAGACGUUAGCAGUACUAGCUACAGCCUUUCCACAUCCAGUAGCAGCAACAGGAAGAGAUCCUACAGAACUAGCAGUGCUCACUUCUACUGGGUCACUAGAGAGGCAGGAUCCUUUGAAUGGUUUAAGGGAGUGAUGAAUGAUGUGGCUGACAUGGACAAAAAGGGUGUUAUAGAGAUGCACAAUUACUUGACGAGUGUUUAUGAGGAGCGAGAUGCGAGGACUACUCUCCUCUCAAUGGUACAGGCUCUAAAUCAUGCAAAGCAUGGAGUUGAUAUUGUCUCGGGCACCCGAGUGAGAACUCACUUUGCAAGGCCAAAUUGGAAAGAAGUCUUCACUAAGCUAGCUUCGAAGCAUCCGGAUGCCACAGUUGGUGUAUUCUAUUGUGGAGCACCAACCCUAGCAAAAGAGCUGAGGAAUUUGUCACUUGAGAUGAGCCACAGGACGUCUACACGCUUCCACUUCCACAAAGAGCACUUCUAAUGGUGGAUACAAGAUAAAGAUUUUGACAAUAAAGUUAAUAGAAUCAAAAUAAUUAUACUUAUUUAUUAAUGCAUAUAACUUGUAUAAUUCACAUGCAAAAAUAAUCAGAGGAGAGCACAAGCUAAGGAAAAUAAGAUGGAAUUCAUGGUUAUUGUUCUAUAAUUACAAAGGUGUACAGUCCAUAAAUUUAUUAAUGAGCAAAAAUAAUAUAAUUUUUCAUUUCGUAA